AUGUCUGGCAAAUGUGAAAAUACCGCAACAGUCAGCGAUGAAGAUUUAUUAAAUACAAAUUUUAUAGGCGAAUUAAAAAAGUUUCCAGCAUGGGAAACAGCAGUGAAAAUAGCCGUUGUAGCGGCUGUAGACCUCGUCGCUAUCAUUGGAAAUAUUCUCAUCAUCUUUAUUGUUGUUCAUUCAAAGAAAAUGAGAACUGCUACCAACUUUUAUAUUGUGAAUUUAUCCAUUGCUGAUUUACUUGUUGCUUGCUUUCCAAUAUGGAUUCACCUUGUCGAUGACGUUACUGAAGGUUGGGUAGUAGGGGCGUAUUUCUGUAAAUUUAAUCCUUUCAUACAAAUUACAGCAAUGUGUGCAAGUAUAUUUACCCUGGUAGCUAUUGCUGGGGACAGAUUCUUUGCCAUUAUGUUUCCUCUGAAAUCACGUGUUACACAGAGGAGAGUCAGUCUGGUUAUGGUAAUUAUAUGGACAUGUGCUGCAGCCAUAGGUAUGCCAGCUCUGUUUUUCUACAAGUACACAAAAAGACAAUGGAAGGAUUUUCUCGAAAGAUUCUGCUCUGAUGUAUGGCCGCAGACGAGAAACUCGGAUGGCGAAUGUGAUAACGGAUACAGGUCAAAGAGUGCGUACUGGGUAUGUGUUCUUGUGGUUCUUAACUGGAUCCCAAUGGUUAUUAUGAUAGUGAUGUACACAAUCAUCCUUGUGAGGCUUGGGAAGAGAAGAAUCAUUCCGAGUUCUGGUGCGCUAUCUACUUCUGCAAUACAGCAGAGAUCAAAACAAAAGGUUGUUAUGAUGUUGUUUGCCAUAUUGAUAGCAUUCAUCGUAUGUGCGAUACCUUUCCAAGUAACCAAGCUGUUUGAACUGUUUCGGUCGGACAGGAGACAAUCGCUUCCUGACUGGUACAAUCCUCUGUAUUUUAUUGCUGUAACAUUGCUGUAUACCAACAGUGCAUUGAAUCCAAUUAUAUACAGUGGUUUGAAUGAAAAUUUCAUGACCAGCUUUAGAAGUCUGAUCAAAACAGUUUGCAAAAGAAAACCAAAAACAAACAGAUGUACCAAUAAGAAUACAACAGAGAUGAUUAGUAUUGUAGAUUCACGAAGAGGAUCUAAAGCAUCAAUGCUGGAAAGUCUAGCAGACGAACAGCAUGGUACUUUCCGGUACAUAACUAACAAAAAACAGAUAAAUCCUAUUCGUAAUUCUAUUCCUUAAAGACUACAAUAUCUUUGUUUUAAAUGUUUAUGUAAACUUUCAGUUGCAUACAUCAUUUUAUUUAUUAUUACUUGCAUUAAGGUUUAUAAUGUCAAGAAGCGUUUUAGCUUUUAUCGUGUUCAUUAUGCUUAAAUGUUUAUUUCAAAUAUGAAUGCUAAUUUUCACCUUGGUGUUCGAGGGAGUUAUUUUAAAAAGUGCACAUUAAAAUGUCGCAUAUUUAUGUUAUUGCACUAUCCUUUCAUCCCCGUUGACUGCUUUCGAUAUCAAAAGUUGAAAUUGCACUGUCUGACUCCUUAAAUUUUUAAACAAAUGGUGUCCAUAUUUAUUUUCAUUUAGCCGUGUAAAUGUGGUCAACAUCGAUACUUUUGUCAUAUAACAUUAAAAGCUCAUAGCACAAUAAACUACCUUAACCUAAAACUUGAACCUGCAAAUGAAAUAAUUUGCCACUAUCCAAUGUCUAUGUUAAGUAAACCAUAUAAUUUGAGUAAAAAACCGUUAUUGGAUAUAAUUUAAACAGCUCACAUCAUUAUGAACAAGUUUCACCACAAAGUCAUGGUAUACGUCCUAAAAUACACUUGUUUAACCUGGUACGUAACGGACAGAAGGACAGAACAGAAAAAAAUCAUGUUUAACCUAUGCUGGACAUGAAUAUGAAAUCAUUAGAAAAUUUAAUACAACUUACCAAUUUUCAUUCAAAUUUAAACAAUAUGAAGACACAAAAAAAUAAAUAAAUACCAAAACAUUAAGCUAUCAAAAAGAGUAAAAUAGAAACGAAGAUGUAAUAGUUUUUCUCUGUCAAAUACUUGCAUACAUCUAGAAAUAUAAUAAUCUAACAACAGUUUAUUGAUUAUUUACAUAAAAAAAACUAUUUUGUUUCAGAGCGACCAGGUUCUAUUUUGCUCGCCCAACUUUGUUCUCGUACUCCUGGCGACGUACCAUGUGUCUUUAAAAUAUAAAAUGGUUUCAGCCCAGCAUUUUUGUUGAGGAAUUUGUCUAUAUUAACAUUUAUAACCGUGUCCCG